UCUCAGUAUCCCAUCACUGCAAUGAUCCCCUCUGUCUCGAAGUGGUACUCCAAUAAUUCACCAUUAAAAAUAAGCUACUACGUGUAACUUCAUCUUCCCCUACAAUGGAGACAAACGCCUGAUUCCUUCUUCCAAUGGCGACUUCCCUCAUCUUAUGUCGCCCUAAACCCACUCUUCCUCCUCAAUUCUACCGCCAUGCCUUAAUCCCUGCAAAACCCUCUCUGAAUUUGAGAACCAGUGCCCUGAAUUUGAAGCAUUUGAGGUUUCCCGAGGGAAAAGCAAGUUUUUUUGGCCGGAUUUCUGCUGGUUCUUCGGUUCAAGAGACUGAAGAUGACCAGAGACUGGAGGAAGAAUUGGGUGGAGACGAGAGACAGGAGGAAGAAUUGGGUGGAGAGGAUGCUGCUGCCUUUGAUUUGAGGGAACAGAGAGUGGAUUCUUGGGUUUAUUUCUUUGUGAUUUUAGGGGUUGUUCUAACAGUUUUGCAGGUGGUCUGGAUUGACAAUUCGACUGGUUUUGGAAAGGCAUUUGUUGAUGGAGUUGCAGGGUUGUCAGAUAGUCAUGAGGUUGUGUUGCUGAUUCUAGUUUUCAUUUUCGCUGCUGCUCAUAGUGGAUUGGCCAGCCUCAGAGACCCUGGCGAGAAACUGAUAGGAGAACGUGCAUACCGUGUUCUAUUUGCUGGGAUUUCUCUUCCUUUGGCACUCAGUACAAUGGUGUAUUUUAUCAAUCACAGAUAUGAUGGGGUGCAAUUGUGGAAUAUUCAGAGUGUUCCUGGAAUCCAUCAAGUUGUUGGGCUGUCAUCCGUUAUAUCCUUCUUUUUCCUCUACCCAUCAACCUUUAACUUGUUAGAGGUUGCAGCUGUUGACAAACCCAAGAUGCACCUAUGGGAAACUGGGAUAAUGCGAAUUACCAGGCACCCGCAGAUGGUAGGGCAGGUGAUCUGGUGCUUGGCACACACACUAUGGAUAGGAAACUCGAUGGCCGUAGCGGCUUCUGCAGGACUAAUUUCUCAUCAUUUAUUUGGGGUCUGGAAUGGUGAUAGAAGACUGGCAUUGCGGCAUGGUGAAGCUUUCGAAGCUGUGAAAAAGAGAACAAGCAUAAUCCCCUUUGCUGCAAUUCUUGAUGGGCGCCAAAAGUUGCCCAAAGAUUACUUCAAGGAAUUCAUUCGCCUUCCUUAUCUCACUAUUUGUGCACUGACAAUUGGGAUAUAUCUUGCUCAUCCAUUAAUGCGAGAAGCUAGUUUUCAGCUACAUUGGUAACUUCUUGAAGUGACCACUCACUGUUCCUUCCAUAUCCUCUCCAUUCCUACCGUGGAAAUUUCUCAUUCCCUAUCAUUUUCAAGUAAUUAGUUUGUUUUGUAUAUUUUUUGUGGAACCAUGACAAAAAUGUAGGUAAUGUCCUUAUCGAUGAGAUUUUGCCAUGGCCCAUGUCCUCUGUUUAUUUUCUUUUGGGCUCUCUCCUCUUCUAUCUCAAUGUAUGGUCAUCCCCUGUGGCAUUUUUCCUAUGUUUGCCAGACCAUUAGACAAUUGCUGUGCGAAAGAGCAGGUAAUCAUGAUUCAAAAACUUGGAUCUCA